AUGUCAACACCAAAGCGAAAAGCGUUAUCUCUCCAAGAAAAAGCGAAGAUAUUGAAGCUUUAUGGUGAGAAAUCUCAAACACAAAGUCAAACAAAUUUGGCUAUUGAAUUUGAUUUACCAGUUUUUACGUUACGCACCAUUUUAAAGAGUAGAAAUGAGAUUGAAGAAGAAUGUAGGUCAGGUGGAGCGAAAAGAAAAAAGUUGAAGACAGGAAAGUUUGAGAAAUUAGAGGGAGUUUUAGUGGAUUGGUUUCAUCAAGCAAGGGCUUUAAAAAUUCCGAUAAGUGGUCCUAUUUUAUGUGAAAAGGCACGUGAAAUUGCCGCCGGUUUACAAAUCACAGAUUUCACUGGUUCCACUGGUUGGCUUGAUCGCUUUAAAAAUCGCCACGGUAUUGUGUACCGUCAAAUCAACGGAGAAUCUGAAUCUGUGUCCGAACAAGAUGUCGAUACAUGGAAGACAAUGCUUCCUGCAAUGUUGCAAAAUUAUGAACCUCGAGAUAUUUUCAACGCUGACGAGUUUGGAUUGUUUUUUAAAUUAAUGCCCAAUAAAUCGCAUGUUUUCAAAGGGGAAACUUGUCAUGGAGGUAAAGCCAGUAAAGAAAGGCUAACUGGUUUGGCGUGUUCAAACUCUGAUGGAUCUGAAAAAUUACGUUUGCUAGUCAUUGGUAAUUCAAAGAAGCCACGUUGUUUUAAAAACGUAAAAUCAUUACCUGUAGAAUAUGAUGCCCAAUCUCGAGCCUGGAUGACUGGUCCACGUUUCAUUAAAUGGAUAAAAGCUUUAGAUGACCAUUUUCAAAGCAAAAGUAGACAAAUAAUUUUGUUCAUUGAUAACUGUCCUGCUCAUCCCAAAGAUGUGGAGCUAACGAAUAUCAAACUCGUUUUUUUACCUCCAAAUGCUACAAGCAAAUUACAGCCCAUGUAUCAGGGCAUUAUAAAAGUUGUCAAACAGGGAUUUCGAAGCAACGACUACGUUAUCAUAGAAGAAGAAUCAGAACCAAACAUUUUGCCAGAUUUUCCUGAGUAUUCUUCGAUCGAUGAUGACGUUUUAACUUACGAAGUGAGUUCACUUCAAGACCUUGUGGACGAUGCUAAGAACAUGGAAGAGGUACCCGAAAAUGAUGACGAUGACGAAGAUGAACCUAUUCCAAUAUUGUCUAAUUCUCAAGCUUUAACUGCAGACUUUUAUAUCAAAAAAACAUCCAUGGAUUUCGCCAUCCUCAUCACCGGUCAUUUCUUCGUGGAGAGGGAUUAUGCAGCAUAUGGAACCAUCGCGUUUUGGGAGUCGUUGCCUUGUGUUAUUUAUUGUUCGUGA